GUGGCCAAGCACAGACUUCCGGUUUCACCCACUUCAUCUCUUUGCUAUUCUCUCAGUCUUCCAGGAGUGAUCCCGGGCCCAGCCGCUGGACCUGGAAAGGGGCAAGAGCAGCUGGCUAACAGCAUCCAGGAUGUUCACCAUGACUAGGGCCUUAGAAGAGGCUCUCCUCCAGCACUUCAUAUGUCAGAAGCUGCAGAUUUCUUAUGCCAUAGAUAAGACAUUUCCCUUCUUCGAAGGCCUCCGAGACAGCUCCUUCAUCACCGAGAGAAUGUACAGGGAAUCUCUGGAAGCCCAUAGCAAUCAGGUUCCUGUAUCUAGACUGGUGUACAACAUUCUCACCAAAUUGGAGAAGACGUUUAAUCUGUCACUUCUGGAGAUGUUGUUCAGCCGAAUUAACCUGUGUGAAUACCCCAAACUGAAGACAAUUCUCGAGAGCUUCAAAAAUGUUGUCACUUCCUAUGGAGGAGGGAGCAGAACCACGCCCAUCCUCCUGGAAGUCCCAGCCAACCCAGCAGAAAGGAGCUCCCACAAGGCCCUGCUGCCGCUGCCCCCAACUCAACACCCUCCACCGAAAGGCCCACCCUGUGUGCCCAGAGUCAGUGAGCCUGGAGCAUCCACACAACACAGUGUUGAGAUUCCGGAUGAGCCACCCAGCCCUUCUGGCCCUGCUGUGGCUCUCCCAAAAGUCGCCCAAGAAGAAAGGAUCACUCCAGCAUCCAGUGACAACCUGAAACCCCAAAUAAAAGUCAAAGAAGACACUCAAGAAAUGCCCUGUGCUCCCUCAGGCCCAGUGCAAGUGAUACAAGAUGAUUCUCCUGAACCAAAUGAUGCAGAAGAGCCCCAGGAGGCAUCCAGCACACCUCCCACAAAGAAAGGAAAGAAAAGAAAAAGAAAUGUGUGGUCAAUUCCAAAGAAGAGAUAUCAGAAAAAAAGCCUCCCGAAAGGGACAGUCUCACCUGGGGAUGAAAUCCAAGAGAAGCUCCAAGUGGUGGAUCAGGCAACUCAAAAGAAGGAUGACACAACCAGGAACUCAAAGGUCACGACAAGGGUCCAAAAAGCCAGGACUGGAUGUGCCCAAACAUCUGGACCAGAGGAGGUCAGUGAUGACGCUUCAGAAGUGAAUGAAGGAAGGAGACCCCAGGAGCCACCUAGCACACCACCAGGAAUCAUGCACGAUCCCAUGGAUAAUGGAAGUAAACAGUCUUUGGGAAUAUCUCCCGGGAAAAAGCAAAAGAGGAGAAAAAAAUAUAACUGGUCAAGUUCAAAAAAAAGACAGAAGGAAAGACUCCCAAGAGAAACUCUUCUACUUUCAGAACAACUUGAAGAUGAAACUGUGGAUUUUCACUCUUCUGAACUUCCUGUGACCUGUGGUGAGGCAAAAGGGAUCUUAUAUAAGGAGAAACUGGAACAAGGAGCCUCAGAGAAGUGCAUUCAGAAUGAGAAGGGAGUUUGGUUCACGCCAAAAGAAUUUGAAGCUGAAGGAAAACGGGCACCUUCAAAGAACUGGAAGCGGAGUGUGCAUUGCGGAGGAAAGACUCUAGAACAGCUGCUGAAGAAAAGGCUUUUGCACUGUCCUUCAAGAAAAAGUCUCAAGAGAGAGCGGGAAAACUCCAAGGAAUGUGAGGUGUGCUGUAGAGGGGGACCACUGCUCUGCUGUGACACUUGUCUGAGAGCCUUUCAUGAGGACUGUCACAUCCCACCUGCAGAGGCUGAGAGGAGCCCGUGGAGUUGCACCUUCUGCAGGAUGAGGGAGUCUUCAGGAAGCCAGCAGUGUCACAGGGAAUCUGAGGUCCUGGCGAGAAGGAUGCGGCCUGAGGAGCAGUUGAAAUGUGAGUUCCUCCUCUUGAAGGCCUACUGUCAUCCACAAAGCUCCUUUUUUGCAGAGACUCCAUGUAACAUUCGAGAUUAUGGUGAGCCCUUCAAGGAAGCCAUGUGGUUGGACCUGGUCAAGGAAAGGCUGACUGAGAAGAUAUACACAGUGGAAUGGUUUGUACGGGACAUGCGCCUGAUCUUUCGCAACCAUAAGACAUUUUACAAGGCUUCCAGCUUUGGUCAGGUAGGACUGGAUUUAGAGGCAGAAUUUGAAAAGGAUCUCAAAGAUGUGCUUAUUUUUCAUAAAUGAGAAUGGUUUCCAGAAUGGUUGACCCUGUUCUGGAAGGACGGAGGCACCUCAACUUCAGGAUCCAGAUGGUGUGACCCUGGCCAUCCAGUGAGUUAGGGAUGUUAUUGGCUGCCCUCUUGACUCAAACCCAGGCCCUUCGUAUCACCAUCACACCUUCUACUUCCUUUUAUUGUUCCUUUUUAAUAUAAAAAAUUAUACCUCAGGGCCAGCACAGUGGCAUAGAGGUUAAGUUCACAUGCUCUGCUUCAGCAGCCCAGGGUUUGCGGGUUCAGAUCCCGGACACCGACCUACACACUGCUCAUCAAGCCAUGCUGUAGUGCCAUUCCAUGUACAAAAUAGAGGAAGAUGGGCAAGGUAACCAACAAUAUUUGGUUACCUUGAAAUACAAUUUGUAUAGGAAAGGCAGGAUAAAUGCUGGCUUCUUUAUUUAACAGUGUUCAAAAUAAUGAGUUUGUUCCCUAAUAGCCUCUAAAGGUGACCAGGGAGGUAUUGUUUUUCUCUAAAGUGUCUUGAACUCAUGGAUUUAAAUAUAUUUAAUGUUCUCCACACCAUUUCAGUUAAUGUCUUUAUUGCUGCUUGAAUUGCCCACCUUCAGUGAUUGUCUCUUCAAGUGUGCUCCUGAGUUGUUUUGAAAUGAUCCCAGCUCUCUUUGAUAGUGCAUUAGCUAUUUAUUGCUGUGUAACUAAUGACCCCAAUAUUUAGUGACUUAAAAGAAUGAGCAUUUUAUUGCUCACUAUUCCUUGGGUCAGGAAUUCAGGCAGUGCUCGGUGAGGAUGCCUUAUCUGAGCUCCACAUGGUGCUGAGUAAGCCCAUUCAUGCUUACGCCCUAUCACUUCUGCCCCAUACUGUUGGUCCAAGGACCAGAUUCAAAAGGAAGGAAAAUAGACUGUACCUCUUGAUGGGAUGAGUGGCCAAGUCGUAUUUCAAAGGAGCUUUGGAAGACAUGUUGCCACCAUCUUCAGAAAUACCCUACCAUAGUCCACCCGCUGGCCACAACAAUUCAUAUCCUUCCCACAUGCAAAGGACACUCACCUCCCACCCAAGAAGCCUUGCUCAUUGCACCAUUGGAGCAAAGUCCAGGACCUCAUCAUCUAAAUCAGGUUCAGAUCAGAUAUGGUUCCUUGGGUGUGGUUCAUUGGGUGCAGCUUCUCAGGGGCACCUCCUCUAGAACCAGAGAUUUGUGAACUGAAAGACAAGUUAUGUUUCCCUCACUCUCAACGUUCAGUGAUGACAUAGGGACUGAAUAAAUACUGUAGACACUUGCAUUCAAACAGGGGGAAAUGGGAAGAACAUAGCAAUCACUAGUCCACAGCAAUUCUGAGAUCCAGGUAGGCACAAGUUAGCAAUUCUCCCAAUCCCAGAACAAAGCACAUUCCUCUAUAAGGGUCAUAUACCUAUGAUAUAGAAAUAUUGUAUACCUCUAAUUCCCAUCCGACAGAACAAGCUUCUUCCUUGUCUUCCUCCAGUCAAUAUUUAUGUCUCUUUUCUCUCACAGGGUAUUAACUCAUUUGCUCAACUCUAAACUACAACAAUAGUUUCAGAAUUUCUAUACUCAUGCCACUAUGAAAAAUAUAAUAAAUUGAAUUCUAAAUUUGCAUGGAAUUUAUUUUUGUUUCUGUUGUAUAUUUAAUAUACCAUUGCAGAGAGUAUUUUUCAGAAUUUUGCAUUAGUAUUUAUAAAUGAGGUUGGUUUGUAAGUUUCAGUAUACU